AUGUUUUACGCACAUUUUGUGUUGGCCAAAAAGGGGCCUUUAGCCCGUAUAUGGUUGGCUGCUCAUUGGGACAAGAAAUUAACAAAGGCACAUGUAUUUGAAACCAAUAUAGAAAAGUCAGUAGAUGGUAUAUUACAGCCAAAGGUUAAAAUGGCCCUGAGAACAUCCGGUCACUUACUGCUGGGAGUAGUGCGAAUUUAUUCGAGGAAAGCUAAAUAUUUGUUGGCCGACUGCAAUGAAGCUUUCGUAAAAAUCAAAAUGGCUUUUAGGCCAGGAAUGGUAGAUCUGCCUGAGGAGCAUAGAGAGGCAGCUGUAACAGCUAUUACUUUACCAGAAGUAUUUCAUGAUUUUGACACUGCUAUGCCUGAACUUAAAGAUGUCGACAUUGAAGCUCAAUUUAGUUUGAACCAAUCUAGAGCAGAGGAAAUAACAAUGAGAGAAGAUUAUGGCAGUCUGUCCUUAGUUACACACGAUCAAGGUUUCGGUGACAUGAGUUUUGAUGCAGAACCACCGGAAUUACUGAGACAUGGAAGUGGUAUGGAACCUUCAUUAGAUCAGAGUCACAUGUUAUUUAGCGACGGGCCAGGAAUAGAAACAGCAAUGGAACAAAAAGAAAAAGAACCAGUGGCAGGGACAUCAUCGACGACUCAAGCUAUGGACAUAGAUACACCCAUCAGAGACGAUGGCUUUGGCGGUCAUCUUGGCCAAGAUAUCAUAUCGGGUGGUCUCUUCGAAGGUGGUUUAUUUGAUGAAGCUCCAAUGGGUGAAGUACCUGUACCUGAAGUUAGUUCGAUAACAGAGCCACAGGAAGCAGGUGCAGCAUCUGGUGUUGCUGCUUCUGUUCACGAUGAAUCUGACGAAGAUAUGGGCGAUCAUUUUGGUGGUCCGCCAUCUCCGAUGGGAGGCAUGAGCUCUGACGGUUCGAGACCGACUACACCAGCUGCGGUUGGCGAAGAAAUCGAAGGAAGAAUAAGUGUUGCCAGUCGUCGUUUUACGCCAGCUCCGCCAGCUAUUCCAGAAGAACACGCUAAUGAUAAUAUAGAAGAACCACCACCUUUACAGGAUCAAACUACAUUGUUGCAUGACGAAGAAGAAAGCUUCGCGCUAGCUCCGAUCGAUGCGUCUGCUUUAAAAGGCUUUACGAAAGCUAAACGUAAGCGUAAACUCAUUGUCGACGAAGUGAAAAAUAUUUCUGGCGAGGAAAUGAAAGCACAGUUAUCAGACACUACUGAUAUCAUCACGACGUUGGACUUGGCACCGCCAACGAAAAGAUUAAUGCAUUGGAAAGAAACGGGUGGCGUGGAGAAGCUCUUUGCUUUGCCGGGAAGGCCGAUCCCAGCUCGUGUUCUCUUUAAAAAUUAUCAGAGACAUUUAACCAGCAAGUCUUAUGAUCACGAAGACUUCGGACGACUCGGUGCCGAGGAAGACGGUAUAUCUUUGGAACAAAUGAGAGAUGCUCCAGAAGCAGAUGCAUCUAAUUUUGAACAAAGUAUUCUGAAUAAACGCAUGGCACGAAAACGAAAAGCGCCGCAGGAUGACGAGAUAAGGCCUCCCCCUCCACCGCCCCAGCCACCACCAGUAGACGUCAGUCAAUUGUCAGCGAACGCCGAGGUAGUAGAAGUACCGAGUAUAAUCGCGCAACAAAGUCUUCCGUCUUCGGAGUCGCCUGUACCACCCGAAGUACCUUUACCGACGGAACCGUCAGUUCCCGACAUCAGUAGCAUUGUGCCUUCCGUGGAACCAUCAGAGGUGGUACCGCCGACUUCCGAAGCAUCGUUGCUCGCCUCGGAGAUACCACAGAUCGCGCCAGCCGAAGUUAACUCGAUACUCGGAACAAACGAAGAACCACAAGUACCACAAACACCGGCACAAGAGGAAUCUACCACCGCCGCCGUACAGCCAUCCGAUAUGCCUCAAAUGGAAAACAUGGGUUACGAUCAAGCGCAACCACAAGUCUCGUACAUGGGCUACGACGAACAUCAUCCUCCAGCACAUACACCGGGUGCGAUUUCCGAGAGAGGACCCGCUACACCCUGGAAUCACGAGGAUUAUGAGUUUCCGCCGUCUGUGGGACCUCAAGAGGAGCAGCAAGUGGAUGAGACUUAUGAACAGUUUGAAGAGCGUGUUCUUAAUAAAAGAGCAGCGCAUAUGUAUCACGUUAUUAAGAGCAAACUGGACACCAAAGAUAAAUUAACGCUAUCAGAAAUGGCAUUUAAAAAUAACCGCAAGCAGGUUGCACAGAAAUUUUAUACAUUGUUAGUCCUGAAGAAAUUUCAAGUACUAGAACUCAAUCAAGAAUAUUCAUACGCUGAAAUUGUAGUCACAAAAGGACCAAAAUUCGAAAAUCCUGCGUUGUAAAGGUACUCCAUCCCAAUUAUGUAAUUUUGAAUAUAAACGAGGAAGAAGGAAAUUUGAUCUAUGCAGAAAAUAUCAAAAAUAAGCAAUUAUUAACGUUUUCUUUCCUUUUUGUUCUAUCAAAGCAAAUCAUAGAUUACUAUAUUGAAUUUGCUUAUUAAUAUAAAAUCUAUUAAAAACGAAAUCUCAAUAUUUUGUUUUGGAUCCUCUGUCUUAAACAAAUACAUGUUACGUACCAAAAUUGCUAUAAGAUUUAUCAAUCGUAUUGCAUUCCUUUCUUUUUUUUUUUACUGCAUUGACGCUUUAUUUAGAUGUAAUCACAUUAACCUUGCUAAACUUCUGUUCCUACAAAAGUCGGUCAUGUUUAUUAUAUCAUUCAUCAAGCCGUACAGGGUUUGUAAAUAGAAUGAGUAAAUAGUUAAAAAAUAUUUUACAACGCGCAUAUGCGUAUUUAUCAUUACUGACUUCUUAAAUCUAUAUUACAAGAAGGUCCAAAACUACAAGUAUAUUAUUGAUAUAGCUUACUAAAUUUUGAUAUAACUAAUAAUUUUCAUUGAGAUAAUAUGUAAUAAUAGAAUGUUAAUGCAGUUAUACAUAUUUCUAGAAUAUGAAUUUAUAAGGUACAAGAACUAUCCCAGAAAUUUACUUUUAGUACUUAUAUACACAUUUAUUUGUAACAAAACAGUUAUUAAUGGAAGAAUCAAUUUUAAUAUUUGUGAAUAAUAAUUUUAUGUAUUAUUUUGGUAUUUUCAGAACAUGUUUUUUUUUAUUUUUACUCGUAUAAAGAUUAUAUGCGCAUAUUUACACAAUUAUAAAUAUUCUACUUUAUAUAUGUUAUGUAAACAUGCGCAAAACUAAUUACGAUACAAAAAUGUAUGAGCAUGAGCUUUGUGUUAACAAUAUUUUACUUACGAUUGGAAAGUCACAAUUUUAUGAAAAUUAUAAAACAUUUCGUUUUUUAAUAAUAUAUUUACUCGCAAAAAAUAUAAAUUAUUAUCUACUAAGUAGAUUACACAUAAUUUAAUUAUGGUGCUAACUAUUUCCUGGAAGAAAAUAGUGUGUACUAUAGUUUCAGAGAAAAUCAUUUAAUGAUUUAUUGUAUCUGUAUACGUACCUUAAUGAGGUAUAAGAAUGUUACAAAGAAUGAAAAGGAAAACUAUAUUUUAGCAGACUGGCCGUUUAUCAUAAAAAUUUUGCAAUGAAAUCGUAAGUUUGCAUUGUAAAUACAGAUAUACUACAUGCGAGAUAAAACAAAUCGUUAAAAUAUAAGCAUAAGUGAUUUAGUAGUGCGUCAUAAAAUUGAAAAAAAAAUCAGUCAACUGCCAUGAUGUAGUAAACAUUGUAAAUAACAUCAUUACUAUUUAACGAACCAUUGUGUCUAUUCGGCAAAUAAAUAUCAUUUAUAUAACAUUGUUUAUAAAUGAUAUUGAACCCUA